CCUUUGAGCCGUCAGGGUUCAACUAUCACAGUUCAGGUCAACCUCAUCACAUAGCGACAUCAAAAUGGGGGACCUAGAGAAGGAAGUCGCUCUCCAUCACGAGCAAACACCCAAAGACGCCGCCUCCUCCUCCAGUACCUCCCUCCCCGAGCUCUCCUGGACCGAUGCCGAAGAGACGGCCAUCCGGCGCAAGAUUGACUGGCACUGCGUCCCCAUUGUCACCCUCCUGUACAUGCUCUGCUUCCUCGACCGAGUCAACAUCGGCAACGCGCGCAUCCAAGGCCUCGCCACCGACCUGCAUCUCGAAGGGACGCAGUUCAACUGGGCCCUCUCCAUCUUCUACAUUAUCUAUCUCCUAUUCGAAGUGCCGAGCAAUGUCCUCCUCAAAGCGCUCGGCCCCCGGUUCUACCUGCCCCUGUUGGUCUGCGGGUUCGGAUUGGUAUCUCUAUGCACGGCCUUUGUCACGAAUUUCGGCGGGUUGAUGGGCGCCCGAGCGGUACUCGGCGUCUUUGAAGGCGGCGCGAUGCCCGGCAUGGCGUUUUUCCUGAGCACUUUCUACAAGCGGGAGGAGUUGCUGUUCCGCAUCGGGAUCUACGUCUCCGCGGCCUCCAUCGCCGGCGCGUUCGGUGGACUGUUGGCCACGGGCCUCUCGAGGAUUCCGGAGUGGGGAGUGGCGGGCCACACGAUCCACACGUGGAAGAACAUUUUCUUCUUUGAGGGGCUCAUCACAAUUCUUAUCGGCCUCGCGGCGCCGGUCUGGAUGCCUACCGACCCGCGGACGGCGUGGUUUCUGAACGAAAGGGAGAAGAGCAUCGCGGCGGAACGGUUAGUCAGGGAACACCGUACGGAUCCUGCCCAAAAGGUUGAGUGGCGCCAUGUCAAGUUGGCGGUGAUGAACGUGCAUAACUACACGUGCGGGAUCGGGUUCUUUCUGAUUAAUAUCACGGUCCAGGGACUGUCGGUGUUCUUGCCGACCAUCUUGAAGGAUCUGGGAUGGCAGAAUACCAAGGCCCAGUUGUAUAGCGUGCCGCCAUAUGUGUGCGCUUGCUUGGUCGCCAUAGCGGUGGCGUAUGGGAGCGAUAAGAGUCGGCAGAGAGGUAUCUGGCUGGCGGCGUUUUCGGUGCUGGCGUUGAUCGGGUUCGCGAUUCUGAGGUGGGUCAGUCAGCCGAAUGUGAGGUAUAUGGCUGUCUUCUUUGUGACGGUUGGUGCGUUCCCAGGAGGGCCGGGGUUCUUGAGUUGGGCUAUCAAUAAUUCGGCUGGACCAGCUGUUCGUGCGGUCACCAGCGGUUACGUCGUGACGCUGGGAACUAUUGGCGGUAUCGUUGCUACCUGGACCUACGUCCCAAGCGAUGCCCCCAAAUACCAUACUGGUCAUACCAUCAACCUCGGCGGACAGAUUGGCGUCGUAUGUCUGUCCAUCUUUGGCAUCCUCUACUGUGCAUGGGAGAACCGCGCCAGGGCAGCAGGCAAGAGAGAUCACAGGCUGGAAGGUCUGACGGAGGAGGAACAGGAACACUUGGGGAACAGACAUCCGAGGUUCCAUUUGUGGACUUAAGGUUCCGCCACUCUCCUUUGCCUGGGCUGGGUUUCGCUUGUGUAUGGCUUCAACAUGUCAAUCUUAUAUAUCUUCCUCUUCGUGCUAAUGAUUAUCUGAAC